GCAUGGAAGGAAAAGCAUCAUCCUGGCGAAUCAAGAGUCAUUCUGCAUAUGUCACCACCCCGAUCGACGUGGGGGGAUAAAGUGGGCCAGAUGAUGGGUCGCCCCGGGCCUCGAUGAGGAGCUCCCGUGCUCAGAUUUUUCCUUCCUGGUGGGCAUAAGCCCCUUCGCGCUUCCUUGUGAGGCAGGAGUCUUAAAGCCGCCUCCCUGGAGGGGCGUGGAAGGGAGGGGUGCUCCCGCUACUGAAAAUGACCCCCAUGCUGAAAGCUGCCACAGGGCAAGAGAAAUGGAUCAGGUCGAGUGCAGCUAAGAGGGCUGCGUGCUUGCUGGCUGCGGCAUAUGGGCUGAAAAUCCUCUGCCCGCUCGUCUGCAGGCGGCUCAGGCAGGCUGGCUGCAAAAAGGACUUGCGGCAGCGGCAUGUCGCCAGCAGCAGCACCAGCAGCCGGGUCGAAGGGGGGGAUCUUCCGAAGGAGGUGGUGGAGGAGCUGCUGCAUUGCAAUGGACUCCCAGCAGGCACAGCCUCGCCGGCGGCCAAUGCGAAAUUUUUCCGGCAGCUGCUGGAACUUCGCAAGAUCCUCUUUCCCAAGUUGGUGAGCCCGGAAAGCGGCUGGCUCUGCCUCCACUCGGUGGCCCUGGUCUCCAGGACCUUCCUCUCUAUCUAUGUGGCCGGCUUGGACGGGAAGAUCGUGAAGAGCAUUGUGGAGAAAAAGCCCCGGAGCUUUGCCCUGAAGCUGAUCAAGUGGCUCAUGAUCGCCAUCCCGGCCACUUUCGUCAACAGUGCCAUCCGCUACCUGGAGUGCAAGCUGGCCCUGGCCUUUCGCACCCGCCUGGUGGAUCACGCCUACCAGACCUACUUCGCCGACCAAACUUACUACAAGGUGAUCAACAUGGAUGGCAGGCUGGCCAACCCCGACCAGUCCCUCACCGAGGACAUCAUGAUGUUUUCGCAGUCGGUGGCUCACCUCUAUUCCAAUUUGACCAAGCCCAUCCUGGAUGUGGUGCUGACCUCCUACACCCUAAUCCAGACGGCCCGGUCCAGGGGGGCCAGCCCCAUUGGGCCGACGCUCCUAGCCGGGCUGGUAGUGUAUGCCACCGCUAAGGUGCUGAAAGCCUGCUCGCCCAAAUUUGGCAAGUUAGUGGCCGAAGAGGCCCAUCGAAAGGGCUACCUGCGCUACGUCCAUUCUCGAAUUAUAGCCAACGUGGAAGAGAUCGCUUUCUACCGAGGGCACAAGGCAGAAAUGAACCAGCUACAGAAAAGUUACAAAGCUCUAGCAGACCAAAUGAACCUCAUUUUGUCCAAGCGUUUAUGGUACAUCAUGCUAGAACAGUUCCUGAUGAAGUAUGUCUGGAGCAGCAGCGGUUUGAUUAUGGUGGCUGUCCCUAUCAUCACUGCGACGGGAUUUGCAGAUGGCGAAUUAGAAGAUGGUCAGAAACAAGCUAUGGUCAGUGAGCGAACAGAAACCUUCACAACUUCACGAAAUUUAUUGGCCUCUGGAGCAGAUGCCAUUGAAAGAAUUAUGUCUUCUUACAAAGAGGUCACAGAGUUAGCUGGCUACACAGCUCGUGUAUACAACAUGUUUUCAGUCUUUGAUGAAGUGAAGAGGGGCAUUUACAAAAGGAUGGCUUUUUCCCAAGAAUGUGAAAACAGCAACAAGAAGAGAGAGAAAACAGAACGACAUAUUGAUGGCCCGUUAGAAAUCAAGGGAAGUGUGAUAGAUGUUGAUCAUGGAAUUAUCUGUGAAAAUGUUCCUAUUAUCACCCCAAAUGGAGAUGUGGUGGUUUCCAGGCUAAACUUCAAAGUUGAGGAAGGAAUGCAUCUUUUAAUCACCGGACCCAAUGGUUGUGGGAAGAGUUCUCUCUUCAGAAUUCUAAGUGGCUUGUGGCCUGUCUAUGAAGGAGUUCUCUACAAACCACCUCCUCAGCAUAUGUUCUACAUUCCUCAAAGGCCUUACAUGUCCAUUGGAACACUGCGGGAUCAAGUCAUCUAUCCUGACUCUGUGGAUGACAUGCAUGAAAAGGGAUACCAAGACCAGGAUCUUGAGCGUAUACUGCAGAUAGUUCACUUGAAUCACAUAGUUCAAAGAGAAGGAGGGUGGGAUGCUGUUACAGACUGGAAAGAUGUCCUGUCCGGAGGAGAAAAGCAGAGGAUGGGCAUGGCUCGGAUGUUUUAUCAUAAGCCCAAAUAUGCAUUGCUGGAUGAAUGCACGAGUGCUGUCAGCAUUGACGUUGAAGGAAAGAUAUUCCAAGCUGCAAAGGGAGCUGGCAUAUCCCUGCUUUCAAUAACGCACAGACCAUCUCUUUGGAAGUACCACACGCACUUGCUACAGUUUGAUGGGGAAAGAGGCUGGCGCUUUGAACAGUUGGACACUGCUAUCCGCUUAACCCUCAGUGAGGAAAAACAAAGACUAGAAUCCCAGCUUGCCGGAAUGCCAAAAAUGCAGCAGAGACUCAACGAACUUUGCAAAAUCUUAGGAGAAGAUUCCGUGCUCAAAACGAUGGAUAAAGAGGAAUAAAUGUUUUUAGUUUUUUUCCAGUUUUUUUAAAGUGAUAAAUGCACUUUGAUUUCUGAGACACUAUGGUUUGCAUGCACUGUGAUUAGCUUAGAGUGUAAGGAAAUAUAGUUGGCCACAAACUAAAUGCUUCAAAAAGCCACCAAUCUUCUAGGGUUAAAGAAGAAAGAGGUUCAACCUAGUGCUGUCCUGAAUUUUAGUGAGUUUUGAUUUUCAAAGUGCCUCUUGCAAACCCUUCUACCUUAGUGGUCUUCCACAACUGUUUAUGCCUGUUCUGAUGCUGCUUUGAUGCAGUUUUUAGCGCUUCUUUAUUUUUCACUCCGUGACCCCAGGCACAGCACCAUAUAGCAAAUCAGAGAUGAACAAGUGACAACAUGGCAGAAGAUGGGCAAAGCCCUCCCAUUUCCCGGUUGGGGAGGGAACACAGUGAUUGUAGACACUCAGUACUGAGCUAGAUGGACUAAUGGUCUGAUUCAGUAUAAGAUAGUUUCGUAUAUUCCCUAGAUGUAAUGCGCACAGUAAAUCUGUGUGGCAAGAUGUUUCCCUCAAUCUAGUUCUAGUUGUGCAUUCUUAUAAUUGACUAUUUGGAACAGAAUGAUGAUGUAGGUGUGCUCAAGAUAUACAUCCAAAUGCAGAUUUCAUUGACAAACAUCUACACUUGGAUGUGCACCCAACUGCACAUAUCAUUGUGGAUGUCAUCCAUCCAUGCUGCAUUAAUUUCAAUAUAUGCAUUCAGAUAUACAUCCAAAUGGUUGUCCACACUCUGUCCCAACUAACCAACAACAUACGGCUCUAGGACUGUCUCCAGGGUGAGCAGGCUCUGAGCAAAGUGCUGCUGUGUCAGCCAUUUCCUACAAUGGUGACCCUAACGUUUCUGGCGGCCCUGGGAGACCUUUCUUGGUGGCAGCCUGCAACAAAGAGCCACAAUGCUCCAGAACAACUAAAUUUCCAGGAUAUUGUUGGAAACAUCAGUGGCGUCCACAAGCCACCAUCUGCAAUCUUUUUGGAUUUUUUUUAAGUGCCCAUUGCAGUGGUCAGGAAUGGACCCACUGGGAUGUUGGAGCCCCAGCUGAUGCUGAGCUUGCUGGACUUGACCAGGGGAGGAUCCUUCUUGUCCCCAAUACCCACAGCCUUGGGAACAGUUUGACCCUUUUUUUUGCAAAGAGGUACAAAACAUUCACUGAAAAUAGUAGGGCUUGUUUCAUGGCAGGACAGUGGUGAUGGUAGUGGUAGGAAUGUUUACAAAACAUGUUUCUUCAUUUUGGCUCAGCACUGGUUUGAACUCUGGAAAGUUAACAAAUAAUGCACUGUAUGAUCAGUCAUUAUACCUUACAGUAGCUCCUAGUGUGACAAACUCAUGUUGCUCCUGGAAAGCUACUUGUGUGGUUAUAUUAUCAUGACAGAUUCUUGCUUCAAAACCAGCAUGUAGAAUACUCUCUCCCACCCAACUGCUGUGUGCAUAUGAUUUGCCUGGUGUCUUACCCAGGCAUGGAGCAACAUAAGGGCAGGGAUGUGGUGAGUAUGCAGGUGCAUGUGGGAGGGGGGGAAUCUAACCCAGAUGGAGGGGGAUUGUUUGUUUAACAAUCUGUAUAAAAAUGAUAUUUCCAACUGAUAAUGUAUGCAUGUCAUCAGCUAUACUUCCCUGGUAACAAAAUGACAGGCAACUUAGAAGAUAACUGUUGUUGCGGCCCAGUCCUUUCCAUUCCAUGCACAGACAAGUGAAAAGGUAGACAUACAACUUGCAUAAAUGGCAAACAUGCUACAAGGAAGACUUAUUUCCUCUCUUUGAGAGGUAUGCAUCUCUGUCCGAUGAACUGAUUUCAGUCCUUAUCCCUUUUAUGGAUCUAUUGUAUUAUCUGAAAAAGGCUAGAUCUGCCUAGUACAUCAAGAGGGAACUAGAGGACAUUGUUGUAAACAAAGAUGGUGGCCAAAAGCCACUGUCCACAGUGGUUUAAGUGCCCGAGACAAUGGUCAGAGGUGGAUCCAGUUGGCAAAACGGAGGUGGCUCCAACGAAAUAAUAAUGGGGUGAGCAAAGAAGAGCAGGGCAGGUUCUGGGGAGACUAGUUCUAUCUACCAUAUUACAUCUUCCCAAACAAAAGAAAUUGUAUAACUCGCAUUAAUAGUCUAAUCAUAAUUCCAUUAAGUUGGAAUCAAACCCUGUUUAUUCCUGUUGGGCUUACACUCAAGUAAAAGAUUUUUCCUUUAGCCACUUAACGUUAGGGAAAUAAGUGUACUUUAUCCAGGAAUCCAUUAUGGAGAAGGUUGCAUCUUUUGAAUUUUCCCCCUGUUAAUAUAGUGGCUAAGCCUAGAAGGGGUGUGUUGGGGGAACAUUUGGGUCAUUAUACGGAGGUAAUCAGAGAGAUAUCACACAAUGAGGCUGUCUGUCAUCUUCUCACAUACAUUCUGGGAGGCCAUAUUCUCCCAUUCAGGCAAAGCUCCUUGUUAAAUUUCAGUAAGCUGCAGCUUUAGUGCUAUUUUCUUUUAAGUUCCCUUCUCCCUAGUAAUGUCGUUCUCACAUAGUGAAUCAAAUUUGUUCACAUGAGAACAUCACAGGGAAAAUGAAGGCAAUGCAGAAUGAGGACAAUGCUUUUACUCUGAAUUAGCUGGUUUUGCUUUCACUGAUGGGAUGUCACUUGUUAUUAGAAAACAGGCAAAUUUAAACAAAAAGGCACCAAAACUGCAGCCAAUUGGGGCUACAAACACCAGCAAGCAGGCACAAAAUAAGUGGUGCAAUACCUACAACACAAAGAUCUUUAAUGGAGUUAAAAUAAACACCGCUUUGCAUCAAGAAACUACCCUAUAUAAGUAAGCAGAUACAUUUUCUCCACCAGAGGGCUGGAGGUGACAAUAAAAAGCCAAGGGAAUUCAAUUCCUGCUAUUUUCAUUUGUAUCUCUAUCCCGUUUUUUCUCAAAGGAGCUCAAAGUGCUAUACAUAGAGUUUAUCCCAUUCAUUUUCACAACAACCCUGCAAGAUUAAUUAGGCUGGAACAUUUGCUUAAGGUGCUUCUCUCUCACACACAUACACAAAAGCUUCAUGGCUGAGACAGAAUUUGAACCCAGGCCUGGUCCAAGUCCAUCCAUUACACUUCACUAAAAGGAUAUAAACUGGAUUGUAAUGGAUCCAUCUCCUUUCCAGACAGUUUAAAUUUAUAUUUCUUCAACAACUCAUGAAGAAAUACUUAGGAGAAGUUCCAUGGCUCAUUAACAAGUAUAGGCAAAGCCACGUAAUCUUGUCCAGAUGUAGCCAAAAGCCUCCAGUCAAGUAGGCCCAAAGCGUUGAGAUGGUGGCAAAAUGAUUGUUUUUGGAAAUACAUUGCAUGGUGGAAUCCAGAGUCCUGUACAUGCCCUUGUUGUUUGCAUCAGUGAGAUAAAUGUAUCUGCAACAUUUCUUUGGCCAUCUCCUGGCUAUGGGCAUUUUAUUGAGCUACCUUUUUGCAGAUGGCCUGCUGCUGUUCCUUCAAAGUCAUUUCAGAAACCAACCUAAUGGAUUUUUCAGGAACUGUUUAUUUUCAGAGGUAGAUUCAGAGAAUGCUAAAUUAAGCAUAUUUGUGCUUUAGUCACAUCAAGUUGGUGCAAGAAGUUAUACAGAGCACUGGAGCUUCAGCUCCUUGGACAGCUCCUCGAAAGAUUGGGCUAAAACACAGUGCAGAUUCACUACCCCACUGACAUUGGUGCUGCCAGUCUCCACUGACUCUAUUUAAAUUUGGCUCUCUUCUGCUCCCUCUCCCACAUUAACAUGAGCUUCAAAAGCACUGUAACUUUUUUGUGUGCAAAUAUUCUAAGAUUCC